AUGGAGAAGACCUUCGACUCCCUCUCGCUCGACGACCGCAAGAUCAUCAUCGGGAUUGACUUUGGGACGACCUUUACGGGUGUCGCGUGGGCGGAGACGAGGAGGCCCGACCACAUCUCCGUCAUCGAAUCAUGGCCCUCGCACACCGGCACCCAAGAAGGCAUCAGCAGCGUCAAGGUCCCGACCGAGCUGCGCUACACCAAGUCGCCCGAUCCACUCACCAAGGGCGAAGUCGAAUGGGGGUUCCAGAUCCCGGGGCUGGUCGAUCGGUAUCAGUGGUUUAAGCUCGGCCUCGACGAAAGCAACCCCCUCGUCUCGACAAAGUCCUGGGGCGACAAGACCCCCGACCAGUUGGCGGAGGACUACCUCUCCGCGAUACACAAACACAUCAUGUACAGCCUGGAGCAGAAACUCGGCGCCGCGUUACUGCGCACAAUCCCGCUCGAGUUCUCGCUCACCGUCCCAGCCAUCUGGACCGAGGCCGCGAAGGACAAGACGCUGAAGGCGUGGAGGAAGGCCUCCUCCGGCACGAGCACCAGCACUAACACCCCCGAAUCCAAAGAGCAAGUGGUCCAUCUCGUCUCCGAGCCCGAAGCAGCAGCCAUCUACGCAAUCCAGGGCCUGGACCCGCACGGUCUCAAAGUCGGCGAUAGCUUUGUCCUCUGUGAUGCCGGCGGCGGGACCGUCGAUCUGAUCUCAUACCGGAUCAUCGAGCUCACACCCAUCCUGAAGGUGGAAGAGGUCACGACGGGAACAGGGGGCCCCUGUGGCUCGACGUUCCUGAACCGCCGCUUCGCAGACUUCCUCACCCGCAAGCUUGGACGCGAGGAGGGGUGGGACGACGAGGUCCUCCAGGAGGCCGUGGAGCGGUUCGAAUCGAUCGUCAAAAAACAAUACUCCCCAACAAUCGACGGCGGGAAUGGCUACAUAAUCCCCGUCCCGGGCCUGUCCAACAACAGCACGCUCAACAUCCGACGCGGAAAAAUCACAAUCGCCCCCGCCGAAAUGCACUUUAUAUUCGAGCCGCUCAUUCUAAAGGUAAUCAAAUACGUGCAGGACCAGAUCGCCGCAUGCUCCGGCAUCGACGGCAUCUCCAUCCGCGCCGUCCUGCUGGUCGGCGGGUUCGGGCAGAACGCGUACCUCAAGGAACGGCUGCGCGAUGCUCUCAAGAGUGUUGAGGUGCUGCAGCCGCCGAAUGCGUGGACGGCUGUUGUACGGGGCGCUGUCAUGAUGGGGUUGAGUAGGACGAAGGCGCUUCGGACCGUCGACGUUGUCUCGCGCAAGGCGCGGAAACACUACGGUAUUGAGCUGCACACGCCGUAUCGAGUUGAGAAGGGGCACGACGAGUCCAAGCGGUACUGGUGCACGCGGCACGGCCACUACCGCGUGCAUGCGAUGUUCUGGUUCCUGGAGCGCGGCGCAACGCUACAAGAGGACAAGGCGAUUCCGAUUGACUUUUACCAGGAUUUUCCGGUAGCGAAGGGGCGGCCGGGGUUUAUGUAUACGGAUGUGUGGGCGAAUGCGGAGGAUGAAGGGGCGCCGGUGCAUAGGAAUGGUGGGACGAAGGUGCUUGUUACGCUGAAGGCGAAUCUGUCUGCGAUUCCGCAGGUUGAUCUGGAGAGGACGGUUGUGAAGAGGAGUGAUGGGAAGGAGUAUUAUAAUAUUGAUGCGGUGAUUGAGGCGACGUAUAGUUCUGCGGAGACGAGGUAUGUGCUUAAUGUUAUGGGGAAGAGGUAUGAUGUUGUGAAUGCCGAGUAUGCUUAUUAG